UCUCCAAUAAAGAGUGCCCACGUUACGUGCUUCGAUUCAAUCGUCAUCGCUUACAUAUUUAGUAAUUACUUUUUAAAAUAUUUCAAUGUAUAUGAAUGGAGAGAUUCUAUUAAUCAAAGGCCUGUAAAUCUGGUAAAAACCUUCAUAGAGAGUGCCGUAGAGCUCUUUGAAAAAGAUCGAAAAGGAAGAACAGCAGAGCUGAAUGAUGAAUCCAGCGGACUCAAAAUCGCAGAGAUGCUGAAGGAUCUCGUUCAAAAGCUACUGGAUGGAGGAGUGAAUCCUUUUCACCCAGACGAUGAAGGAAAGACAGCACUUCAUUAUUCUGCCAAGGGAAUGGCAGAAAAAAUUAUUGAAGGAAUACUGAUUGAUAGAAAACAAGGAGUUAUAAUCUGGGAGAAAGCAUCAGUGGGUGAUAAAUACGGAAGAAACGUGCUUCAUGUUGCAGUUUUCCUUGGACGGUCUAGAUCUUUUGAAUUCCUGUUACAGGGUAAAAGAAAUAUGAUAGAUACCAAGGAUCGUGAUGGACAGAGUGCUAUAUAUUAUGCAGUUGCUGGACCUCAUGAAAAACCCUCUGUUCUACAGAGAUUUCUAGAAGCAGCAACUAUAGAUCCAGUUUUUGUAACAGAUUUCAGCCAAACAACUCCUUUGCACGUGGCUUCUGCUAGAGGCAACCUAAAAAUGGUGGAAGAGCUUCUUUCAGUGAUUUCAGGAGAAGAGCGUAAGAAGAAUUAUGUUGGGUCACCAUACGUGAUGGGUCAAAGAGCACUGCACAAAGUAGCAAGUGGAGGCCAUUGGAAUGUUGUUGAAAAGCUUCUUGAGAAGGGAGCUGAUCCGUUAAAAGAAUGUGACUUUGACGGCAAAACAGCUCUGCAUUUUGCGGCUCAAGCAGAUGGUGAAGAUGCCGUGCAAAUAGCUAAGUUACUUUUGAGCAACAGUGAAUCUGAUAAACAGAGAAGCUUUCUUUUGUUUGCUUCUGCAGGUGAAAUGGGUUUAUGCUCCAAUUCUUCGCUUGAGGAAUGUCUUCAAGAGGAAACAAGUAAAAUACUGGAAAAAAACAGGGAAAGAGAAUUUGCUUUAGAGUAGCAGUGAGAUUAGGGGAUACAUAUAUGACGCGAGAAUUCAUUCACCAGGGGUGCAAAUAUUGCUCUCAUUCACGAUAAAAAAUGGAUAGCUAAUCUAUCAACAGAAGAAGGAAAAAAUGCCAAACAAGCAGUGGGAGAAGCCAGAUGAAUGGCAUUAUUAUCAAGAAUUGCAUAUGAAGAUUGGUAGAUCAAGAGUUAGUUUGAGAAAGUCUGAAGACAAAGAAUUUGACAAAAGAAGAGAGCAGUCAAAGAGUAGCAUCUGCGGUUGAAAUUAAGGGGGAAUGUUGAAGUAUCAGUAAUUCCUCCGGCAUGCAAGAUGAUGCACCGACCAUGCAAUAGAUUAUGCAUGAAAAUGAUUAUAUGCAAAGUUAGUCAGUUAGCCAUUGUUUAACUUCCAGUUUACCAUAGUUCCGGGUCAUGCAAAACUAAUUCUUUCAUGUAGUAUUUUUCAGAUCUCUUGAAGUUAUUUCAUUCUAGAAUAUUCUAAACUCCCUUAUAAAACAGGGAAGAUGUAAUCUGAUUUUUGCAAGCAAUAAAAAUAUGUUUUGGGUGCUGCAGCACAGUGGUCUCUUCACGUCAAACACGUGUCUUCCAUGCAAUCUUCAAACAAAUUUUCAUGUAAUCUUGUUUGCACACAGUGUCACUUUCAAUAGCUAUCUUCAAAUAGCAUUCUUCAAAUAGCAUUCUUCAAAUAAUCUUUGGAGAACGACAACCUCCUUUGCAAUCUGACAAUUCUCCAAUACCUUCGGCAAUCUUUCUCUUCACACCUGCGCUCUGAUACCAAUAUGAAAAACAGAGGAUACAAAAACAGAGCAUACACAGAAAAAACUCAGGAAUUAUAGUGCUGCUGCACAAAAUAGAAAUUUAACCUUUUUUAUUGAUUAAUUCAAAUAGAUUGCAUUGCCUCUUUUCAGGCUUCCCCUCGGGCUCAAUCUUAGACAGCAAUAAGCCUCUCUUUUUAGAGAGGACUUGGCGAGCUAGGUGAAGAGGUUAGAAUCUUGGGUGAUAGGAAGACUGCCAAAGAAAAGAGGCAGAGAAGGCUGAAGAUAGAAGGGUUAAAGAAUCCACAGGAGACAAAUUUAAUACCCAGUAUCAUUGCAUGGUCUGCAUCCACGACAAAGAAGAAGAAAGUCAAAGUUUUUGCUAGCUGAACAAUUACAAAAGUCAAAGUUUUUGCUGUUCUAAGGUGAAAAGAGAUCGGAGGAAUAAGAGAAAGUUGCCAAAAUAAGAGGCUGCAAUUAAUUUGUCUUCUGUGUGAAGAAGUCCCUGAAGUCAAGGAAGAUUGUGAAGCUAUAAUAUUAGGUAAAAACAAAAUUUCAAAUUGUUCUAAUGGGAACGUCUAGUAAACGAAUGAAGAAAGUUGAAGAAGGAAAGGGGUCCGCAGAAGUACACGGCCGCAACUGUCAAGUAACCAAGCAUGGAAGAUAAGGAGGUUGUGAGAGAAUUCAGAAAGGAGAUUAUUCAGCUGUAGCUGGUUCAAAGGAGAAUUAAUUUAUCAGAAGCCACUAAGGUUGUGAAAUCUGAAGACAUUGGAGAAAAGAAAGAAAGAGACCGGUUCUGAAGAAUCUAAUGGUGAAGACAUUGAAGAUCUUGGUGUGAACGUAGUAGUCAGAAGGAGUCUGCUAUUGCCAAGAGCUUUGGAGAUUGCAGAGAUUUGGAAAUCGUUUUAACAAGUAGGGAGAGCCUGCAUUGCUAGCCAUGCAUGAGGUUAAGGAGGGAGAGCCUGCAUUGCUAGUUAGAUUGUGGGUAAUGUGAGGAAAUUGCUAUAGCAGGAAGGAGCAGCAGGAAGGAGCAACUGAAAAUAAGAGGAAAUCUUGCAGAAGGAAAGAGCAAUGAUUAGCUUUUUGUGGUCAUAUGAAACCACUUGUAUGUGAGAUUUGUGGUCAGCUAGAAACCACUUAAUGUGAUGGUUCGUGGUAACCCAAAACCACCUCAAAUUUGAAUUGGUUAGAGAUAAGGUGCAAGAUCUCAAGGUGAUCAUGAGAAAGAGAAAGGUCUAAAGACUACAGGUUAGGUGUUUGAAGAAACUAUCCCAACAGUUGAAUAAUUUGGAGAACAAUAAGAAAGCAGAUGAUGAGAUAAAGUGCGUGUUUGAAGUCAAACAAGAGAAAAAAGACAACAAGAGAUAGAAUAUUAUGGCAAAGUAGAAGUUGAUCCAGUCGUAGCUGAAAUAGUAAAGAAAGUUUCUAGUUUAAUGUUAGAAGACAAGGAGGAAGAUUGUGGCUAGUAAAAGCCGCCACGAAAAGUAAGAUAAAAAAAUCUAGGAAGAUCAAGAAGAGCUCUAGCAGUUGGAGGAAGUAAAAAGAAAGGAAUGAUCUGAAGAUCAAGCGAUGGUUAGAAGUUAUCAAGCAAAUAAAAUAUUGGAGAAAGUCAGAAGACUUGGUUAUGGAUAUUAGAAAGAGACAAAAGAAAAAGACUGUAGUCACUACCAAGGGAGGUUGAGUAUGCUGAAACAUUCAUGGUUGAAAUUAAAGGGGAGUGUUGGAAGACUUAAUUUCUCCCACCAUGCAGCAAUCGAGUAACAGUUAAAUGAUGUUUCGUUGGAUUUUAUGGAAAAUGCAGUUCCACCGCAACUGAGUCACCGUCAUGCACUAUCACCGCCAUGCUACAGUUUGUAAUCAAAUCUAUUUUUAGAUUACAAAACAAAAUAAAAUCCAAUGGACAAUAUAUUUGGAUUGUUUUACUUCAUAUCUGUUUUAACUUACAGAUGCAAUCCUACAUGUGGGUGUACACCGUACAGUUGGCCUCAUACUCACAUUUUUGUGUAGCUUAUAUAUUGCAGAUUCAUUGCAAUAGCAUGUGCUUAUUUCAUUUUUACAUUUCAAUAAGAGGAUAAUGUCAUUUGAUAUGCAUUUACAUUUUUGUUUAGCUUAGAUUUCAGAUUCACUACUUUUAUGUAGUGCAUAUUACUGAUUUUGGGAAAAACUGUCGAGGAUUCUUUAAAAUCCAUAUCAAUUUUGAGGCAAUAUUAAUUUUUCAUUUUCGUAAGAAUAGUUUUGAGUAGCUAUCAGAGUUUUUGAGUUUUGAAACAAGUGCUGCAAAGCAGUGAAGAGUGGCAGAACAAUUUUGUUUUGUUUAAUUGAAGUUUUUGUGAGGUGUAUUGGUAUGUUUUUUUUUAUUAUUUAUGAAAAAUGAUAUAUGAGUUUCUUAAUUUAAAGAAGAGUCCAUUUUGUUAAAAAUGUGGGAAAACUUAAUUUCUCCCACCAUGCAGCAGUCGAGUAACAGUUAAAUGAUGUUUCGUUGGACUUCAUGGAAAAUGCAGUUCCACCGCAACUGAGUCACCGUCAUGCACUGUCACCGCCAUGCUACAGUUUGCGGCCUAAUUAUAUAUUGAUUCAAUAAUAGAUUUAGUUUGCAUUGAGUUUAGAUAAGCCUUUAUGUUUUGGUGAAAGGAAAAUAUUGUCUUGUAAGAUGUCUACAGAAAGUGAAGUAAUAAGAAAAUUCAAAUUGAAGUUUUCAAGGACUGUUGUAGCAGUGGGAGAAGCCAGAUGAAUGGCAUUAUUAUCAAGAAUUGCAUAUGAAGAUUGGUAGAUCAAGAGUUAGUUUGAGAAAUUCUGGAGACAAAGAAUUUGACAAAAGAAGAGAGCAGUCAAGAGUAGCAUCUGGGGUUGAAAUUAAGGGGGAAUGUUGAAGUAUCAGUAAUUCCUCCCGCAUGCAAGAUGAUGCACGACCAUGCAAUAGAUUAUGCAUGAAAAUGAUUAUAUGCAAAGUUAGUCAGUUAGCCAUUGUUUAACUUCCAGUUUACCAUUAUUCCGGGUCAUGCAAAACUAAUUCUUUCAUGUAGUAUUUUUCAGAUCUCUUGAAGUUAUUUCAUUGUAGAAUAUUCUGAACUCCCUUAUAAAACAGGGAAGAUGUAAUCUGAUUUUUGCAAGCAAUAAAAAUAUGUUUUGGGUGCUGCAGCACAAUGGUCUCUUCACGUCAAACACGUGUCUUUCAUGCAAUCUUCAAACAAAUUUUCUUGUAAUCUUGUUUGCACACAGCGUCACUUUCAAUAGCUAUCUUCAAAUAAUCUUUGGAGAACGACAAUCUCCUUUGCAAUCUGAAAAUUCUCCAAUACUUCGGCAAUCUUUCUCUUCACACCUGCGCUCUGAUACCAAUAUGAAAAACAGAGGAUACAAAAACAGAGCAUACACAGAAAAAACUCAGGAAUUAUAGUGCUGCUGCACAAAAUAGAAAUUUAACCUUUUUUAUUGAUUAAUUCAAACAGAUUGCAUUGCCUCUUCUCAGGCUUCCCCUCGGGCUCAAUCUUAGACAGCAAUAAGCCUCUCUUUUUAUAGAGGACUUGGCGAGCUAGGUGAAGAGGUUAGAAUCUUGGGUGAUAGGAAGACUGCCAAAGAAAAGAGGCAGAGAAGGCUGAAGAUAGAAGGGUUAAAGAAUCCACAGGAGACAAAUUUAUUACCCAGUCAUUGCAUGGUCUGCAUCCACGACAAAGAAGAAGAAAGUCAAAGUUUUUGCUAGCUGAACAAUUAGAAAAGUCAAAGUUUUUGCUGUUCUAAGGUGAAAAGAGAUCGGAGGAAUAAGAGAAAGUUGCCAAAAUAAGAGGCUACAAUUAAAUUGUGAGAAGACAAAUUGUGUGAAGAAGUCCCUGAAGUCAAGGAAGAUUGUGAAGCUAUAAUAUUAGGUAAAAACAAAAUUUCAAAUUGUUCUAAUGGGAAAGUCUAGUAAACGAAUGAAGAAAGUUGAAGAAGGAAAGGGGUCUGCAGAAGUACACAGCCGCAACUGUCAAGUAACCAAGCAUGGAAGAUAAGGAGGUUGUGAGAGAGUUCAGAAAGGAGAUUAUUCAGCUGUAGCUGGUUCAAAGGAGAAUUAAUUUAUCAGAAGCCACUAAGGUUGUGAAGUCUGAAGACAUUGGAGAAAAGAAAGAAAGAGACCGGUUCUGAAGAAUCUAAUGGUGAAGACAUUGAAGAUCUUGGUGUGAACGUAGUAGUCAGAAGGAGUCUGCUAUUGCCAAGAGCUUUGGAGAUUGUAGAGAUUUGGAAAUCGUUUUAACGAGUAGGGAGAGCCUGCAUUGCUAGCCAUGCAUGAGGUUAAGGAGGGAGAGCCUGCAUUGCUAGUCAGAUUGUGGGUAAUGUGAGGAAAUUGCGAUAGCAGGAAGGAGCAACUGAAAAUAAGAGGAAAUCUUGCAGAAGCAAAGAGCAAUGAUUAGUUUUUUGUGGUCAUAUGAAACCACUUGUAUGUGAGAUUUGUGGUCAGCUAGAAACCACUUAAUGUGAUGGUUCGUGGUAACCCAAAACUACCUCAAAUUUGAAUUGGUUAGAGAUAAAGUGCAAGAUCCCAAGGUGAUCGUGAGAAAGAGAAAGGUCUAAAGACUACAGGUUAGGUGUUUGAAGAAACUAUCCCAACAGCUGAAAAAUUUGGAGAACAAUAAGAAAGCAGAUGAUGAGAUAAAGUGCGUGUUUGAAGUCAAACAAGAGAAAAAAGAUCACAGCCAACAAGAGAUAGAAUAUUAUGGCAAAGUAGAAGUUGAUCCAGUCGUAGCUGAAAUAGUAAAGAAUGUUUCUAGUUUAAUGUUAGAAGACAAGGAGGAAGAUUAUGGCUAGUAAAAAGCCGCCACGAAAAGUAAGAUAAAAAAGACCUAGGAAGAUCAAGAAGAGCUCUAGCAGUUGGAGGAAGUAAAAAGAAA